AUGGCGGUCGUUGUGCCAAUACUACGGAUUUUCUUGCUUUUUCUCAAUGUUUUCGAGUCCUUCAAGACGCUCAAGCCUCCGCGACGUUCGCCUCGCACGGGUGAACAGACACCUCGAGCGAUCUCGCAGCGAAAACGCGACAUGAAAGGUUGUAUGACCAUCUGGCUUCUGUGGUGCUCGUGUGCCGUAGUAGAAGGCAUUACGGACAGCACCGUCGGCAUCGUUAUGCCCUUUUACAACGAGAUCAAGGCAAUCAUAUACCUGUUUCAAAUCAUUACGCGUGCUAGGGGUGCGGAACCAAUUUAUUUGCACGUUAUGCGUCCGCUUGUGAAGCCAUAUGUAGCCACGCUUGACUACGCCCUCGAGCAUAUUGCCAUGAUUGGCGACUUUGUCAUAUUGGUGGUCUCAAUACCGUUUGGAUUUGUUGCUAACUGGUGGAGACCAGCUGCUCCCACCUAUUCAGAAACUCCGACCCCCGUGAGUGAAACUGAAUCGAGUGAGCCUGCUGCGGAUGCAACAGAGGUGCGACGCGAACGAGGUACCAUCAGACAGGUAUCUAAUGGUAGUGUGGUGGGCACAAGGACACGCGGAGUCAGACAGGCUUCAGAUAGCAGUACCGGGAGAAAUGCUGCUGGUGGCCCGUCAAAAAUUGGCAGGCCGAACGGUUUCCCGCACUCCCGUUCAGACACGACUUUUAACCAGGUAUAUAUUUUGCAAGUUCAUUAA